GUCCGCUGCGGUGGGCGGCCCCCGCAUAAUGCGAGCGGGCCGGGCCGGCGGGCCAAUGGGAACGUGGGCCCCCAGCGGGCGCCCGGUUCCCCCAUGCAUUGAUCCGGGAACCGCGCGGGGCGAACCGACUCGUGUAUAAUUCAUAGCGGGGAGCGGGGACGCGCACGGCGCUCCGAUGUACCCGACGGCCGCCGGGCCGCUCACGCUCACGCACAGGCCGAACAGUUCCUUCCUCGUGGACAACCUGCUGGCGCGGGGCGUCGACGCAUCGUCCCCUCCGGCCGCCGGUGUCGUAGUCGGCUCCCUAGUGUCGCACCACCAGCAGCAAGUAGCCGCUGUCGCGGUUCACCAACAGCAGCAACAACUGCAACACCAACUUCAGCAGCAACUGCAACUGCAACAGCAGCAGCAACAAGAGCAACACCAGCAGCAACUGGACUGCUGUUCCUCGUCGGGAGGCAUGACGCCCCGAGAUGACGAUGAUGACCUGCGCACGCCGCCCCCGCCGCCGCUCAAGUUUGGUGUGACGGCCAUCCUCGCUGACCACGGAGGCGCGGCGAUGCACGGACGGGACAAGGAGCGCAUCUUCGGAGGAGCAGCGAGGAGCGCGGCAGCCGCGUCACUGCUCGCCGCGGCAGCGGCCACAGGGGGAAAACCCGACCUACGGGACCUGUUCGAGCAGCUGAGGUCGAAUUCAGGCUUCCUUCCCCGGUGUUUUGUGACCGAAAGGCCAAAGUUUCCCCCCUGCAAGGACGAGAAGGUACCCGGAGGAAUUCCCUGCGUACCAGUGUCUUGCAGCGGGGCGGCAGCAGCGGCGGCGGCGGCCGUGCAACUGGCCGGCUCCUACCCCGUCGUGGCAAAGCCCAUUCCUCGAGGAUUCUUCGAGUCUCCCCUGCAGUCGCUGGUCGCCUGCAGGUCCUCCUAUCUGGCCGGUCACUUGGCCUUGUAUCGCGCAGGUCUCGGACCCGCCGGACUAAGCGGCGGCGAACAGUUUGGUCUCGGUCCCGGGCGGAGUCCUCUGCCCGGAGGGGCAGGAGGACCCGGCGGUGGACCCGGUGGAGCUCCGGGAACCGCAGGUCCCCUGCACCACGGCUUCCCCUUGCCGGCCACCUUCCCGUGGGCUGCCACGGCGAGGGGCAAACCGAGGCGCGGCAUGAUGCGGCGGGCCGUCUUCUCGGACGCGCAGAGGCAAGGCCUCGAGAAGCGCUUCCAAAUACAGAAGUACAUCAGCAAGCCGGACCGUAAGAAGCUCGCCGAAAAGCUGGGCCUCAAGGACUCCCAGGUGAAGAUCUGGUUCCAGAACAGGCGCAUGAAGUGGCGCAACUCCAAGGAGCGCGAGCUGCUGUCCAGCGGAGGCUCCCGGGAGCAGACCCUACCCACGAAGAGCAAUCCCAACCCGGACCUGAGCGAUGUCACCUCCCCGACCUCGGCCGCGGGCUCCACCAACGGCCACGGCGCUCACCCGCACCAACCGGUGACCGCCGCCGCCAGCCUCGCUGAACACCUCAUGCGAGCCUCGCGGGACGAAGACGACGACCAGCGCUCCGUGGACGUGGACAGUGACGAAGACGUCGAGAUCAAGGUCCUCUGAGCGGGAGACGAGUGACUCUCCAGCUGUUCUCCCAAGCACCCUCCUACGCGCUGUCCCUUCCAUGCCAUCGGACAGACCGGACUGAAGGAUGACCCGUGUACAGUGACUUGUUAUGAACUGCCUCGCAACCUCCUUCGUGACGUUGAACGGUUGCGAGAACCCUUCCCUGGCUCUGAAGCACAGUCAGCGGCAGCGUUGGCAGCAAGGUGCCGAGAUACCCUCCCACACAGCCUCGUUGCGCACUGAAAACGUAUACCGGACAAAAGGCAGGGCCCGCGUGCAGACGCGUUCAGCGGGUCUUGAGACCUUUCCUCAGAAUCUCGCAGGUUCUGUGAUGUGUGACUCGAAACCGGACUUGGAACUUGUACAGUGUCGCUGCAUGCGGAAUAAAUGCCCUUCGGUGUAGAAAGAACAAACUUUAACCGGUGCUGACAGUGACCUAACCUCAUGUCUUAAAGGACUCUUGAAAGAAGAGACGAUACCUUCGGGUCUUAACAUGCACCUUAUACCUUGGGAUGUCCAGCCCAAAUUUUCAGAACGCGUUUAGUGUCUUAGUGCACCGAUAUUGCAGCUGGUCUAUAGCGAUGGUCAGUUGCUUUGAAGACUGCUAGAGCAGGCUUGAACUAAUUGACCAACAGUGUUUCAGCUGAUAUUGAACCGCCAUUGAAUCGCCAUUUUCUUUGAACAAAGCUGACAAAUGAUCCUGGCUCGAUUUUUUUUAUAGUUGAGUUAAUUUUACGCUUGAGUUAGUAGUUUGCGUGUACGGUUUCCAGUGUACAGUUGCGGGGCCUCACGCGAGUAAAUGCUAAGCUAGAUCAAUGAUGUUCGAUGCAGUUAGGUCUUAUUGGACGCAGCAGGUGUCUCCUGCGGUCGUCAUUAGUUACAAUAAGGGUCGGGUACAUAAGGGCGUUCUUCAGUGGAAAUAUUCUGUAGAAUUCCCUCAGUAAUGUGCUCUGGUUACCUACCUUGCGCCGUUGCCUGUGUGGGCGCCUCAAGAAAUACCGCAUUCACAAAAUGUUUCGACACUGAGGCGAUUUGACGAUAGCCAUGUAUACAAAGGAGAUUCAGCCUAGACUUUAAGUAGCGGAAGAGCAGUUAACAGCCAAUGAACAAUCAAUGAACAUUUGUCCAGCUACAGGUGUCGGACACUUGCUGUCAGAAUUGGUGUCCGCCGAUAGCCCAACGUUUGUUAACCCAGAGUCCAGUGUUCUGAGGCGCGAUCCAAUCGAAUCCUCCUAGACGUAAUAUGAAGACCGCUCGCCAUUUAUCCUUAAAUUUCACAAGGACUGUAUUCGAUAGUCAAAACGUUACGCGUUCAUGGCAUCAACGGACCCGCGAUAACACCUAGCCUUUAUUGCAAUUUAAAUUGAAAUUCAACAUUUCUCGCAAGAAUCGCCGGACCAAAAGUGCCGAAAGGCCACCUGUAUUGCGCUACACGAUAUCGCUGUCAACUACUACCGCAAGCGUAACCACAAAUACCCGAUGCUUGCUUGGGCCCUCGGACCAUUGUGUGAAUAGGUGCACGUAGAAUGGAGGCUCAAGCAGAAGAGGAAGAGAGUAUGCGAAUGUGACGCAGAAAAAAAAACUCUUGGACUUAAUGGACGGUCCAGAAAACGUGAUCCCAGUGACAAAAGUGAGGUGCUUCUGUAAAGCCAGGUUCCUCUCUUGUUGAGAGGUUGCAUCUGCACGACUUGUACAAUAAACCCGUGAAGUUUGAA